AAACGAGGAAAACCAUGAUUCCUUUUUGGAAAAUGUUUGUUGAAGAGAUGCACAGACUGCCAUCAUCUUCAGGGGGGAGAAAGAGGAAGGAGGCAUGCUCGGCGCUCAACAAUUCAGAACCCAAUUUUUUAUGGUACCUAACCCGCCGAAGCCCAUCAUGAUGAGACCUGCACCAAUUCGUAUGCCCCCCGUUUUUGGGGAACCAAAUACUACUAGCAGCACCACAGUCAUUUCGGCGGCACAAACCAGCCCCAUUGCAAUCCCUUGUGCGGAAGAAGAAGAAGGAGAUGGCAGAGGCGACACGUUGUUGCUUCCACUGGGACUUCGUCGGGAGGCAUUGCCGAAGCACGUGGCUGUGAUAAGGGGGGGGAGGGGGGGGUGGGCCGCCUCUAAGGGAAUGCCUGCGUCUGCCGGACAUGAGGCGGGCUGCAGAUCCCUGCAGGGCAUUGCCAAGCUCUCUUGCAAAUGGGGAAUCCGAGUCCUCACCGUCUUCGCCUUUUCCUCGGAGAACUGGCAACGGCCCAAGCCGGAAGUUGACUUUUUGAUGAUGCUAUUUGAACACUUUUUCAAGAAUACUUUGGCAGAUUUUCUGAGGGAAGGUAUUCGAUUACGCAUCAUUGGUGAUUCUUCAAAACUUCCAAAAUCCCUGCAGAAUUCGGCUACAGAACUGGAAGAAAUUACGCGCAACAAUUCAGGGCUUGAUUUACUUAUUGCGGUAAGCUAUAGUGGAAGAACUGAUAUAGUCCGAGCUUGCCAGAAGAUUGCCGAAAAGGUGAAACAUGGGAUACUUAAACUGGAAGAUAUCACUGAAUGUAGCGUUGCACAAGAACUAGAAACAAGCUGCGCUGGCGGUUAUGCUUACCCUGACCUACUUAUCCGAACUAGCGGUGAAUUGAGAUUAAGCAAUUUCUUAUUAUGGGAACUUGCAUACACUGAGCUUUACUUUGCACGGUCACAUUGGCCAGAUUUUGGAGAAUAUGAGUAUGCCGAGGCUUUACGUGCGUUUCAGAAAAGGCAGAGGCGUUUUGGUUUGAGAACAACAUCUUAAUAAACAUAGAAAAAUGUUUUCGAUUUCUUAUUUCCCUGUGGGGGUUAUAAUGGUUUUGCCAUGUACGCCAACCUCUAUUUGGGCCUCCUUUUCUACUUGUUACACUUCUGUAGAAUCUCCAAGCAAAGAAGCUCAUGUUUUUGCUCUUUGCUGAUAUAAAAAAGUUUUGAAAUUUUUUAUGAUGGAAACGAUAUUGAUA